AUGAGACAACGGUUAUGGAGAGAGAAGACAAAGAAAGGAGAUAUCGUUAGCGGUGGGGGAGGAGGGGCUGUGGAGUGGCGAUGGGUUCGUAUAAUUGACCACUUGGCUACCAGAGGGCUCUUCGCUCUGUCUCUAAUUCUGGGGUCGGGGGCCGAAGAUAUUGCGAAAAUUUUAGGAUUCGAAAAUCCAUCAGCCAUCGAAAGAUUAUUAGAUGUUGAAGACGGCUACACCAUCCAAGGUUCACUUUUUAUUUAUGAACAUGGGCUUUACGCAUUAAUAACAAAAUCUAAAAAUAGAGAACAAACUCUUCAAUUUAAGAAAUGGGCCAUAAAAGAAAUAGACAGAAAGAAAAAUGAACAAAUAAGACGUUAUUCCCUCAGAUUAAGAAAUAAAGCCAUAGAAUCGCUAAAAAGAAAAAAAGAUGAAAUAAUAUACAUAUCUUCUUCUGAAAAUUAUGCCAAGCAACGAAGAUUCAAGAUUGGAGGUGUCGGUAGCCCGGAACGUCUUGAUUCCAGGCUCGCCAACUAUAAUGGCAGGUCAGCUGAAGGAGACGAGUGGGGAUAUUGUCUGAAGAUGAACGUGCCCAGCUUCCGGCAAUUCGAGAGUCGGAUAUGGGACCAUCUUAAAGACUUUAGGGACAAACCUAGAAAAGAAAUUGUAAAAAUGGAUUAUCAAGAUUUGAAAGAAAUAGUUACUUUGACGGCUGAAAAUUACAAUAAGGAAGUCGAUUUUAUGAACGAUCGCAGACAAAGAUAUAUAGAAAAUGUGAACAACAACAGAGCGCAACCAGUUCCGGUGCCGAUCGAAACGAAAGCGAUAAUUAAAAAAAAAGAAUUGAAAAAAUCUUAUAUAAUUCUGCCUGAUUACGACGAAUUGAAAAGAGAAAUCAAGAAAUAUAUGAAUGACGAGAAAGCUAAUUCGAAUACACCUUCUGUUGUUCUUCUAAGGACUGAAGUUCUUGAACAUUGUACAAAGAAGUUUAAGAAGUAUAAUAAAAAGGUUGCGUGGAAUAUAAUGAAAGAGAUAGCCGAUGAACAGAAGGAGUUUAGAUUAAUAUAUUAUUCGUAAUAUGUUAAUAUAAUAUAUUCGUAAUAUUUUUAAAUCAGGGUCGGAACGUUACAUUUUUCUUGAUGAAGCAAUCACUCACUAUUUCAACAGUUUCGUUACAACAUUUUAGGUAAUAUAUAUUUAAAAAUAAGAGCUCAUCGAGUAGGGUUUCGGAUUUCAGGGCAG